CUCGUGAGGCAGGUUGGGACUCACAUGGCCUUCUCUUGGAGCACUGGUGGACCGCCAUUUCGCCGUUUUGGGGCAUCUUGGUGCCACCGUACUAUCUCUAAGUCCCAUCUGUGUCCGAGGACAAGAGGUCCGACAUGAAUCCACAUAAUGUCGGUUGUUUCUCAAGCCAGGUGGGCGUCUUGAAGUUGGCUAACACUAUCUCUGCUCGACCGGCCCUGUACAGCCAUGUCCGGCGCAGAAGUGACGGGCGUGUCGGCCUUUUACACGUUCCCGCCGGCGCCCGCGGCUCUCAUCGUUGACGUUUUCCUUCGGGAGAAGGGGUUCAGCGAGGCCGCGAUCAAGUCGGUGGAGAAGUACGUAGACCUACCCGCACUGGAGAACCGAGGUCCGCCCUGUAAGAAGAUGAAUCCCCAGGGCAGCAUUCCGUGGUUCGUGACCUCCGAUGGAUCCGUGGUGGCUGAGACUAUCGCAAUGUGCGAAUAUAUUGAAGAUGUCCAGCCCAAGCCGGCCCUCAUCGGCUCCUCCGCCGUUGAGCGUGGGGUGACUAGAAUGUGGCAACGACGCAUGGAGGAAAAUUUCUGCUCUCCGGCGACUUAUGCGCACAGGAACUACUGCCACAGCGAAGAUUGCCCCAGCGAUCAUGGCAUGAAAGAUUUCUACACAAAGCGCUUCAACGCUGAGCAAGGGUCGAAUCUGCUUUACUCGCACCCAGGGGCAUGGAAAGAUUUGGCUGCCUGGGCGCUUCACAGGCUCGCCUGGUUGGAGAAGGUGAAGCAGGAUGAGGCCCAGUCGCGAAUCGGAUCGACGCCUUCCGACUUCAUAUGUGGUGAUUCCUUGACCGUGGUUGAUGUCCAGGUGUAUGUAAACGUGUUCUAUUGGGACACGUUCGUCCCCGGACAGCACUUUUUCAAGAACCUGGAGGGGCAGAUACCGUGGGUCGAGGCUUGGUAUUCGCGAAUGCAUUCCCGUCCUGCGUUUGCCGCUGCGAGGGCGAGUGCGGGGUACAAGGAUUUCUCAGACAAGUCGGACAUGGAGCCAGCCACAAAGAUGCCGAAGACCGACGGCUAGCGCACGGCGUCCUUCACGGCGGUCUCGUGGAGCUGCACGCGGCGCGUGCUCUGACCAAGCCGGCAUUGUGUCCGAUAGGCUGAAUUUGCUCAAGCUCGUCGCCUUCCAGAUUUUCUACGACUUUGACCCGCCGACGCCGGUCAUGCUUCUGUAGUUGGGCUUUCGUCCACAGGCUUACCCAGACUGGUGCUGGGCGGCACCACGAUGAUCAGCGUCCAGGGGCCGCCAUUCCGCGGCCAGUUUUCAUGCACCACUUUUUUUGCGUCUAGGACGCCAGAAAGGGCUCCCCGUGGGACACAAUUUGACUCGACGGUCAUGGCCUGAUUGCGUGAGCUUCGGGUGACCAAAAAUGAGCAUACGUAGCAGUGUAUCUCUAUUGCAAAGGCCUUACGGCCAGUACCGCCAACCCUGUGUGCC